CCGGACCCAGCUAUCAUACUAUCACCGGACAUCUGUCAGGGGUACUUCGAAGGCGAUUGUCCUGCUUCUGGGCAGGGUGUUGUUGGACUGAGUGGCCCACGAGGAGUCUUCCAAGUGUCUGGUUCUAUGAUUGGCUACGUCGUUUGCGUUCCCCUGCCGCUUCGCUCCGCCCAAAUCCGUCUCUGGGCGCGAGAGGCUCCUCCCCCGGCCCGCUUCACGUGGCUCUCCCCCGGCAGCUGAGCCUCGCAGGCGCCGGAGAGCCAUGGAGGGAGCCUGGCUGCAGCUGCAGGCUCGGCUCCGGCCCAGCGCUUGGGCGCUUCUCUCCUCCUUUUGCUGCCGCCGCUCUCCUCCCCUUUUGCGGCGCCUUCAGCUCCAGGAGAGGCGCUCCUCGAAGGGCUUCUGCACGGGGGUCUCUUGGGCCAGGAGGAGAGCCCAAGCCGGGCUGCGCGCACGGGAUUUUUCUCGAUGCUUGACUACAGAGGCAUCUCAAGCCACUCUUGCCAGUGUGGCCCCCGUCUUUUCAGUGAUGAAGUUUGAUAAAGAUGGCAAUGUAAGCGCUUAUGAAAGAAAGAAAACAGAACUAUAUCAGGAACUAAACCUCCAAGCACGGGAUCUACGAUUUCAACAUCAAGUGAGCAUAUCACCCAGGAACAACAGGAUCAUCAUGAGAAUGGAGUUUUUGAAGGCAGUGGUAACCUCUGAAUAUCUUCUCAUUCUGGACUAUCGCAAUACAAAUCUGGAAAAAUGGUUGUUCCAAGAACUGGCGCCCCAGUUAGCUGGAGAAGGUCAACUAGUUACAUAUUCUUUACCUUUUGAAUUCAGAGCAAUAGAGGCGAUACUACAGUAUUGGAUCAGCCACCUACAUGGGAGACUUCACUACCUGCAGCCUCAGAUUCUUGAGACACUGGAUGCUCUCGUGGACCCAAAACUUUUGUCUUUGGAUAGGGGCAAAGUCCAUGUCCUUUUGCAAAAUGGUAAAAGUUUGUCAGAAUUAGAAACCGAUCUCAAAGUUUUCAAAGAGACGGUAUUGGAAAUCCUAGAUGAAGAAGAAGUAUUAGAAGAGUUGUGUCUCACUAAAUGGACAGACCCUCAAGUUUUCGAGGAGAGUGUCUCUGGAAUUGACCAUGCAGAGGAGAUGGAACUACUGCUGGAGAAUUACUACCGGCAGGCAGACGAUCUUAUUAACGAAACUCGUGAACUUCGUUUAUUGAUCGAUGAUUCUGAAAGCAUCAUUUUCAUCAAUUUGGACAGCCACCGGAAUGUGAUGAUGAGACUGAACCUGCAGCUGACCAUGGGGACUUUCUCGCUGUCACUCUUUGGAUUGAUAGGAGUAGCUUUUGGCAUGAACUUGGAAUCUUCCUUUGAAGAGAAUCGUGGAGUAUUUUGGCUGGUGACUGGAAUUAUGUUCCUGGGCAGUGGCCUGAUUUGGCGACGCCUCCUUUCCUUCCUCGGGCGACAGCUUGGACCUUCAGUACCUCCUCCAAUUCCAGCUUUUAUGAAAAGAAUCCAACCAGCAAAUGGAAAAGUGGACUUUAAAAGUGACUUUAAAACAGAAUCACUUGGAUCAAGUAGAAACACAGUGACAAACCAUUGAUCACACCUUUACAAUUUGACUUCAGACAGUGUUUCCUCUACUAAAAGGUAGCAUUUGUUAUUAUGUGACUUUAGCAUAUGCCAAAGAUGUGUGCCUACAGCCAUCAAAAUUUCCAGCUUCGGCAAGACGAGCCCAGCGGAUUUUUUUGCACCAAAGUUGAAUAUCCCCAGCACCUAUAAUCUAAUGAACACAAAAUUCAGAUUGUGGUUCAUCUGAUACUUCUGGACACCAUGGUUUAGUAUAUGCAAGGAAAUUACAGGUAUAUCUCAGUUAAUCAAGUAGAUUUCUUACUGGGCAGAAAUAACAUCAAAGCAAUGUGGAUAGAUUCAGUCUAUACGUUUCAGAAAACUUUUAAUCCGGUAUCAAAAAUCUGUAUAUGUGAGAGAAACCUCCAAGUCAUCUAAGGUUACCAUAGGUAAAUAAACCAUUCUGGGUCUUCUAGCAUCAUUUGAAGUCUUUUUCCAAAAUACAUCCAGAAAUGACUUCCUUUCAUCAGCCUCCACAUUUCUUUGUUGGCCAAACUUAUUGCAACCAUCAGGUGUAGUAGAGGACUUGAAGGGAUGUUGUCUAUUUUGAUCACGCUCCCUUGUUCAAAAUGCCAUGUGGUAAAGUAAAGGUAAAGAGUUCCCCUGACAUUAAAUCUAGUUGUGUCCAACUCUGGGGGUUGGUGCUCAUCUCCAUUUCUAAGCUGAAGAGCUGGUGUUGUCCGUAGACACCUCUAAGGUCAUGUGGUCAGCAUGACUGUAUGGAGCACCAUUACCUUCUCCAGAAGUGGUACCUAUUGAUCUACUCACAUUUGCAUGUUUUUAAACUGCUAGGUUGGCAGAAGCUGAAUCUAACAGUGGAAGCUCACCCUGCUCCCCAAAUUCGAACUCCCAACCUUUCGGUCAACAAAUUCAGCAGCUCAGCGGUUUAACCCACUGUGCCACCAGGGGGGCCUGGUGUGACAAAGCCAAAAUCUAACUUCCACUAAAAGAUAAACACAGUCAGCGAUUGAGAGAGAUUUUCAUCUGUUAAAUGGCUGUCAUACAACCUACUGAUAACUGCUAGCACAAUGUUAGUAGUUCAAAAUGAUUGUGAAAUGUUGUUUGAAAAGAAAUAUCUGAUUGUAUUGCUUGUGUUGCAUUGCAUUGCACAGUGAGCAAGGUAAGAAACAAUAAGGCAUUGGCUGGUGAUUUUAAAUGAAGAUAGUGCAUUUAUUAAUCUUUAACCUAAACAGCAAGGAGAUUGUCUGUAAAAUGUUGGUUUAUAAAAGAAACGAGAGACUGCAUUUGAUAGAAGAGUUUGACUAACGCAGGAGACAAUGACUAGCCCAAAGUAACAUUGCUUCAGGAAACCUACCUAUUGAUCAUGUUGCUUUCCAUGCCAUCUUCAAAAGACUUCAUAAUGAGACUUUCCAGAUAUUGUUGAGCUAGGUGCUCUAACAGCUCUAGUCAGCAUAGCCAAAGAUAAGCAGUGCUGGAAGUUUAAGUCCGGCAACUGGAGGGCCACAUGAUUCUUUCACAGCACCCUACUUUCUUCCUUCAUUGUACCACAUUCUUCCUUUUUUUUCAACAGAAAUCCAUUUGGGGAUGUAAGUGAUGCUCAUUUAGUUUAGCACUGACAGUUUCAGAGUUUCCAGCAGAAAUCUUUCCCUUCACCUAAUAUUUGAUUCCCUUUAAUAGACAUUAAAUCCAAGACCUUUCGUUUGCAAAUUGUGUGGUGCAUCACUGAGCUGCAGAAACUAUUUAUAUAGAUAUAUUAACUCAGGUUUUUGACUGUUUCAGAGUCUUUUGCUUGUGUUGGUAGGCCAAGGUCAUCAGCAUAUAUAAAGGUCUUUGUGAGUGGUGGCUGUGGCUGAUUGUUAGUAAAGAUGUUAAACAAGGUUGGUGUAAGAACGCUGCCUUGAGGUAAACCAUUCUUUUGCCUCUUCCAUCUACUUUACCUGCCUUGAAACUCCACAUAGAAGUUGCAGUUUUCUAGGAGGGUCUGGACAGUUGUUGUAAAAUCAUAGUUCCAAGUAAUAUGGUAGACUUUAUGCAGCAUUUUUUCUGUGUUGCACUGUGUCAUAGGCUGCCAUAAGGUCCACAAAAACUGUUCCCGUAAUGCAAUCUUUCUCAUAGCCUUCCUCGAUAAAUUCAGUCAGAUCAAGAAUUUGGGCUGUACAGUUUUUCUCUGGUCUGAAACCAGCUUAUUCUGCAAUAAGCUGGGGUUCAAUGACAGGUCCUAAGCAAUUUAAUAGCAUCAUCUCAUAUACUUUAUAGAGAUGACAUAAGAAGGAGAUUGGUUGGCAGUUCGUGGCAUUGGAGGCAUCUUUAUCAGGUUUUUAAAUGGCAAUGAUCUUAGUUUUCCUCCAUAGUCUGGGAAUCUGUGUGUCAAACACUGGACAAAAUAUGCAGAAUAAUCACAGGAUGUCUCAAACCUACACCUGUUGAUAAACUGUAUAAGCUAGCUAGCAUUGCCCCCCCCCCCCACCUUCCCUCCAACGUGCAGUGGGAAGCUGCUGCCAACUGUGAGAGUAAUAAGGUUGAACACUGUGAAAGCCAUCCACUGCCUUGCUAUCAGCCUUCUCCCAGUAGACUCAAAUCAAGGAAGACUUUCAUGAGAACCACCAUUCCUCUUAAUGUUCCCCCAGCAACAGCAGGGGUAUCCCUCUGGGCAACUAAACUAGGAAACCCCAAUUGGACGGUCCCCCACAAGGGUCUUUCUCCAGGGGCAGACCAAGAAUAGGCAGCUUGGAAGUCCCUGAACGGACUCAGAAGUGGAGUGGGCAGAUCAAAAGACAACGUAGCAAAAUGGCACUACCUAGAAAAAUCAUCCACCUUGUGCGUUGUGGAGCAGAACAAACAACUCCACAUCUGUAUUCUUGCCCACAAUGCCCUGUCUCAUGCACAGAGGAAGAAUUGCUUAAAGCUGCAGACAAUGUGGUUGAAGUUGCCAAUUUUUGGUCAAAAUUAUUUAUCCUCUUCUACUUCCUCUAUUUUAUCAGUUUUAUACUUACCGUAUUUAUGCAGUUCUUUUGACAGAAAAUAAAUAAAUUAACUCAGGAAAUUUCAGAUUCUUGUGAGCCAACCUCUAAAUCCUGCUCGAGUUACUCCACACACUGUUUUUAAAAAUCCCUGGCAAAGUGGACAAUUUACAAUACAACCCCUAUGUCUGCAGGGGACCCGUUCCAAGACAGACAAUGCGGUCACUGUUGCCUGUUUUUGGUCAAAAAUUAUUUACCCGCUUGUGCUCCCUCUGUUUUAUCAAUUUUAUGCUUAUUUAUGCAAUGCUUUUGACACGAAAUAAAUAAAUAAAAACUGGGAAAAUGUAUUGUUUAUGACAUACUAGUAACUCCACAUUUGCAGGAUUUUAGAGGUUUUUUUCACCAGUAUACUAAAUUGUACUGUAUAUUGUAAUAAAUAACUUGCAACAGGA